AUAACAAAAAAAUUGUUCUAACUAUUUCAGUCAGUAUCAACAGUUGUCAGUAUCUUCUCUACUUUAGAAUCUUGUAUUAAAUUGAAAUCAUUCGGCAGAAACUUUGCUUCUAGUGAGAUUUAAUAAAAUUUGAAGACAAAGCUUAUCAAAAAUUCCAUUAAGAUGAGUGCCCCAAAAGUGCCCUACGUGACCCAUAAUAAUGGCAGCAAAAUGCAAGCAAUUGGAUUGGGAACCUACACCUCAUUGGGUGGUGAUUGUGAACGUGCAGUACGGGAUGCAAUUGAUGUCGGAUAUAGACAUAUCGAUACCGCAUAUUUCUAUGAAAAUGAACAUGAGGUUGGUAAAGCUGUAAGGGACAAAAUUGCCGAGGGUGUCAUAAAACGUGAGGAUAUUUUCAUAACGUCCAAGCUUUGGUGUCAUUUCCAUGAGCCUGACCGUGUAGAGUAUGCGUGUCGCAAAUCGUUGGCUAACUUUGGUUUGGAUUAUAUAGAUUUGUAUUUAAUGCAUUGGCCCUAUUCCUAUGUGCAUCGAGGCGAUAAUGUCAUGAUGCCAACGAAUGCCAAGGGAGAGGUUGAAUUGAGUGAUGUCGAUUACCUAGAUACCUGGAAGGCUAUGGAGAAACUACAAGAAAAAGGUUUGGUCAAGAAUAUUGGUGUAUCGAAUUUUAAUUCUGAACAAUUAGCUCGCCUAUUGUCAAAUUGUAAAAUCAAACCAAUUCACAAUCAAAUUGAAUGCCAUCCUGGAUUAAAUCAAAAACCUUUGCUGGCUUUGUGUAAGAAACACGAUAUUGUUGUAACGGCUUAUUGUCCUCUUGGAAGACCAGAACCAGCCAAGAAAAUACCCGUAUAUUUAUUCGACGACAAGGUUAAGGCAAUUGGAGAGAAAUAUAACAAAAGUCCCGCCCAGGUGGUAUUAAGAUAUUUGAUUGAACUUGGUGCUGUACCCAUACCAAAGUCGGUGAAUAAAAAUCGUAUGAUAGAAAAUUUUAGUGUCUUCGAUUUUAAACUUUCUCCAGAAGAUCAUAAGAUAAUGGAUUCAUAUAAUACCGGUGACCGUUUGAUCCCCAUGGAGCAUGCUAAGAAAAGUAUCCAUUAUCCAUUCAAUAUUGAAUAUUGAAAAAUUUCCAAAAAUUAUUUUAUGUAAAAUACUAUACCAAUUUUACAUAAAUAAUAAAAAAAAGCUUUAGAUAUCUUUAGAAAGUAAAUAAAAGACAUAAUAUUAUAUCAGCUAUAUAUAUAUUUUUUUAAUAAUUUGUACAAAUUGCUGAGUUAUAGCACGCACCUACUAAAAAUGUUAUGUCCUCGAUUUUAAACAUUCUUCAAAAGAUCAUAAGAUAAUGGAUUCACCGUUUUAUACCCAUGGAGCAUGCCAUGAAAAGUAUACAUUAUCCAUUCAAUAUUGAAAAAUGUCUAAAACUAUUAUAUGUAAAAAACUAUACCAAUUUAACAUAAAUAUUAAAAAAGCUUAUAAUGUACUUUAAAAACUAAAUAAAAACCAUGAAUUAUCUCA